CAACUGGACUACUCUUAUGAUGUGAGGUGUGAUGUGUGGUCCCUGGGGAUAACAGCUGUGGAACUGGCUGAUGGUGACCCACCAUUGUCAGACAUACAUCCCAUGAGAGCCCUGUUCCAGAUUCCCAGGAAGCCUCCACCUGGCCUCAAAGACCCCUCACAGUGGUCAGCCAAGUUCAAUGACUUUGUGGCCACUUGUCUGAUUCCCAGGAAGCCUCCACCUGGCCUCAAAGACCCCUCACAGUGGUCAGCCAAGUUCAAUGACUUUGUGGCCACUUGUCUGGUGAAGGACUUUGAGAUGAGGCCCUUUAUGAGGCAACUUUUGGAGCACCCUUUCUUGAAGGACAUUGAUGGCCUUGAGCACCAGGCCAAAAGAGAGUUGAAAAAGGAGUUGGGCAAACUGAGUAGUGAUGGUGAGGUGGUCAAGAGAGAGGCUGAGGUGACCAUGAAACAAGGCAAGUUGAGGACUGUCAAGAGGAUGGGACCUGACCCUGUUGUGGUUCAGGACUUGGCAAUGUUGGAGUGCCUGACAGAAGAUGUGAUAAUAGAUGCCCUGGAGACCAGGUUCAGGAAAGGACAGAUUUACACCUACAUUGGUGACAUUCUUCUGGCCAUGAACCCAUUCAUGGAACUGGACAUCUACAAUGACCAAGUCAGUCAAAGAUACCAAGGCAGGAUACAAAAGGCCUCAGAACCUCCCCACAUAUUUGCCAUUGCCAAUUCAUCCUAUUUUGCAUUGAUUCAUGAACAGCAUUCUCAGUGUGUGGUCAUCAGUGGGGAAAGUGGUGCAGGGAAGACUGAGAGUGCCAAUUUGUUGCUGAAACAACUUGUGCAUCUUGGGAGGGGACAGAACAAGAACCUGGAAGAAAAGAUCCUGCAGGUGAACCCAAUCAUGGAGGCCUUUGGAAAUGCCAGGACAGGCAUCAAUGACAACUCCUCCAGGUUUGGGAAGUAUGUGGACCUGACCUUCACCCCCUCAGGGAAUGUGGUGGGUGCCAAGGUGUCAGUGUACCUCUUGGAGCAGUCCAGAGUGGUCCACCAAGACAGCAAUGAAAGGAACUUCCACAUCUUCUACUACCUCUAUGAUGGUCUGGAAGCAGAGAACAAGUUGGGCAACUACCACUUGGACCCUCUGUGGAAGACCAGUCACAACUACCUGCAGGGUUACUCUUCUGCCAGACACACUGUUGAGGCAAGUGUGAGGAAGUGGUUGGCUGUGCAGGAGAGUUUCAGACUACUGGGCUUCUCCCCAGGACAAGUGGACUGUGUGAACAGACUCUUGGCAGCUAUACUCCACAUUGGUGACCUGAGUAUUCAGACAGCACCUUCCAGAGACUUUGCAGACUCUGGAUGCUGCAUUACCAACCCUGCACUCAUCAGCAUCAUUGGUGAGUUGCUGGGUGUGAGUCCCAUGGACACUCUGGAGGCCAUCACUACCAGUAAUGUGGUCACCAGAGGAGAGACCAUUCAUAGAAGACUGUCUUGUCAUGAGGCCAGGGACACUUGUCAUGCCACUGCCAAGGCACUGUAUGGUAGACUAGUGGACUGGUUGGUACUGCAGAUGAACCAGUUGCUGGUGCUCAGUUCCAAUAUUGGACACCAACAAAGGGAUCAGCAGCACUUGUCCAUAGGGAUCCUGGAUAUAUUUGGCUUUGAGAACUUCCCCAACAAUUCAUUUGAGCAACUCUGCAUCAACAUUGCCAAUGAGCAGAUACAGUAUUACUUCAACCAGCAUGUGUUCUCUUGGGAGCAGCAGGAGUACUUGUCAGAGGGUAUCAAUGUGGACUUGGUGGAAUUCACAGACAACAGGCCAGUGUUGGACAUGUUUCUGUCCAAGCCUCUGGGACUACUGGCCCUGUUGGAUGAAGAAAGCAGGUUCCCCAAUGCCACCCCCAGGUCAUUGAGCAAGUUGGAGGUCAUUAGGUACUUGUUCCAGUGCCCCCUGGCCAGGACUGGCAAUCUCUUUGCCCUGGGGCAACAUAACCAGGUUCAGGGGAAAUACACCCCUGGGGGUUCUUCAGGGAAUGCUGAGGACUUUCACAUGAUUGGGUUGGAGAUGCCCAAGUUUGGCAGCAGCAGCAGCAUGAGUGCCCUGGCAUCCCAGACCCGAGCCCAGCAAACCAUGGCCACCUAUUUCCGCUACUCCCUCAUGGACCUCCUGCAAAAGAUGGUGGCGGGGGCGCCGCAUUUCGUGCGCUGCAUCAAGCCCAACGACGCCCGCAGCAGGGCCAUGUUCGACAGGGCCAAAGUGCGGGCCCAGUUGCAGUACACCGGCGUGCUGGAGACUGUCCAGAUCCGGAAACAGGGCUUCUCUCACAGGAUCCCUCAUGACGUCUUUCUCAAGAGGUACGGGUUCCUCGGGUUUGGCUGGUCAGAAGUGAUUUUGGCAGACAAAGAAAACAGUGCCAGGUUGCUAACCAGACUCAAUUUCCGUGGUUUUGCCAUGGGUGAGACCAAAGUGUUCCUCAAGUACUAUCACAUGGAGCAGCUGGCAGCCAUGUUUGAUUCCAUGGCAAGUCCUCUUCUUGUGGCAAAAGUGGUAUUGAUACAGGCAUGUGUCAGGCGCUGGUUGGCAAAAAGAGUGUUUUCUAGGAGACUCAGAGAGCAUCAAAUGAUUCUAGCUGCUAAGAAGGCAGCUCAGGAGAAAGGAAACCUUCAGAAAGCUGCCACCAAGAUCCAAGCUGUUUUCAGAGGCUACAGGACCAGGAAGUCAACCAAGGAGCUCAAGAAAAGCCCUGAGAAGAAGAUCAAGAAGCAGAAGAAGCCCCAGCAGCACCCUGAGGCUGCUGCUCCUACUCCUUCUCCUCCUCCUCCUGUUGCUGAUGGUGUUCCUUUCAGAACCACAUUGCAAUCAUUUCAGUUUUAUGAGUCUGAGUACAGCAACUUCUCUUCUUAUGUGAGGGAUUCUGGGAAUGCAGUGAAUGCAGCCCUGAAGGCCACAAACUCCCCAAAAGUUGGAGGUGACUUUGCCCUGAAACCCCUGCCAUCUUCCUACAACAGGCCAAAGGGAUUUGAUUACCUUCCUCAGGUCCUGCAGGAGUCUGGUCAGCAGAAAAGAAAAGCCAGGUCACCACCUCAGAUGAGACCAGCUGUGAAGAUCCCUGCCAGUGAGAAAGCAGUCAGGGUUGCCAACCAGUCUGACAAGCCUGCCAGGAAGGUUGCCAGAGCAGCAGUGAGCAUGGAGCCAGCAGCCAAAACCCCAGAACCCAAAACCCCACCUCCCAAAAAGCAGCAGCAGCAGCAUCAGUUACCUGAAGAAGAUUCAAAGCAGCAGAACCUAAUGACACCCAUCAGACCCGCAAAGUGGGUUCUGCAGGACACCAAGGACAGGCGGGCCAGUGAAGACCGGAAACUCGGCCCCAGAGGAAUGAGUGGCCCUGGGAUUUUUAGCCAAAACCCUCAUCAACAGCAAAGGCAACCCCAAGCAGUGCCCCUGAAAACCAUUGCAAAUGAGGAUGAUGAUGAGCUGAUGGGACCCUAUGACUUCAGGAAGCUGCUGAGGAAGACCAACAUUGCCCCCACAGAGUCCCUCAAGCUGAGGAAGGGUCUCAUCAACCCCAAGACCAGUGUUUUCCCUGUUACCAGCAACUCUUGGUCAGCCAAUGAGUCUGUUCUUAGGUCUGACCUCAGAGCCAGACUCCAGCCUGUUGCCAAAAUAUGACUCUUAACUUAAUUUGUCUGUUGUUUUCUCUGUUAUUUUUUUUUUGGAGUGUGAUGAUAUAUGCCUUGGAUGUGAAUGAAGAAACCCAGUGAUAUUCCCUGUG